AUGUUAGCGCGUCACAGUACUCUCUUGGUGAUCUCCCUCGCAGUGGGUUCGGCAAUAGCAGCCCCAUGGGCGGUGUCGUCCAAGCAUGGCACGCAUCGUACACGGAACAUUCGUCGCGACCUCCAAAUCGAGACGUUCUAUCCUCCUUCGACUUUUGAGACUUUCGGAGAAGGCAUUGAUCACCCAGUGUCGUCGUUCGUCGGCUCGAGCAUGGAGGACAGCGCAACGUCGUUCGUUGCGUCCAGCCUUGGUGUUGAUCCCAGCACCGUCACAUUCAAAUCUGGCUUUGUUGGAGAAGCGGCUAGUCACGCGUUUGUUCGACAGACCCAUGAUGGUGUCCCGUUCGCCAAUGCAGUUGCGAAUGUUGCUAUGAAGAAUGACAAGAUUGUAUCAUUCGGGUCAUCCUUCGUUUCUCCGGCAAACAUCGCUCCGUCGACACCUUCUGUUUCAUUAGAAGACGCCAUAGCCUCCGCCGAGUCGACGCUCUCAGGAACCUUCAACCAGUUCCCACCCACUCUCGAAUACCUAGUGAAGGAUGACAACAGCGUCGUCCUCACGCAUGUCAUCCAAAUCGAGAACGAACAAACUGGGGCGUGGUUCGAGGCAUUUGUCGAUGCCCAUACUGGCGAUGUCGUCUCAGUAACGGAUUUCGUAGCCAAAGCCUCGUAUCAUAUUCUUCCGUUCAAUCUCGAGCUUCCGAGUCAAGGUUUUGCCACAGUUACGGAUCCUCAAGAUCUCGCAGCGUCUCCCUUGGGCUGGCAUUCUACUGGAACGACCACUACUACGUAUAAAUGCAGAGGGAAUAACGCUAUCGCCUUCAAGGGCACUCAAACGGCGACCACGCAGCAAUCCUCGGCCGGCCUGAACUUCAUCUACACGGACAACGAUAGCUUGGCGCCAACCGUUGCUGCGAACCUCGAUGCUGCGCGGACUAACGCGUUCUACAUAGUGAACAGUGUCCACGAUCUCCACUAUAGGUACGGUUUUACCGAGUCCUCGUUUAAUUUCCAGACGAACAACUUUGGAUUGGGCGGCUCCGGAAACGAUCGUGUGACGAUUUCCGUCCAAGAUGCGAAUGGUAUUGAUAAUGCUGAUUUCGCUACACCUGCCGAUGGACAAUCCGGUCGUAUGAGGAUGUUCCUGUGGGACUUUACCAAUCCUGAUCGCGAUGGUGCCCUGGAAAAUGACAUUGUCACGCAUGAAAACACUCAUGGCCUCACGAAUCGUCUGACUGGCGGAGGGACUGGGCGAUGCUUGCAGACUCUUGAAGCGGGCGGUAUGGGCGAAGGUUGGUCUGAUGCCAUGGCAGACUGGGUUGAGAAGACAUCUUCUUCUGUACCCGACUUUAUUUUGGGCCAAUACGUUAUCGAUGAUCCUGCUGGUAUUCGGUCUCAUCCGUACUCUACGAGCGCGACUGUUAACCCUCUCCGCUACUCCUCUGUCGCUACCCUCAAUGAGGUCCACAACAUCGGCGAAGUCUGGGCGAACAUAUUGCACAACGUCUACGCGGCGCUCGUUUCUGAACUCGGAUGGUCAGCUACUGCAAAGACUGAUCCCACCGGUACCGCUGGGAACGUGGUCCAUUUGCAUUUAUUCAUCGAUGCGUUGUCGCUACAGCCUUGUAAUCCUACAUUCUUGACGGGCCGAGACGCGUGGAUCCAGGCUGAUACGAACCGGUAUGCCGGUGCCCAUAUCUGCACUUUGUGGAGGGCGUUUGCUAGUCGUGGGCUAGGCGUCAAUGCGGCUAAUCACGUUGAUGAUACUACUGUUCCAGCGGGAUGUUGA